AUGCAGCCCCACAGGCGUCGUAAGACGUUGCUGGCUUGUAAUCAAUGUCGAGACCGUAAGACCCGUUGUAGUGGAGACCGCCCUCUGUGCAGAUCAUGUCAAGACAGACAAUUGCAAUGUCGAUACGAACAGGCUUUGAACCGAAGCUCUCCAUCGCUCGAACGACACAACGCUCGCACAGAUCGUUCUGGCCUCUACCCUACACAGCAGCCGCACCCUCCGGAUGUUAGGCAGAAUGCCUUGUAUCAGCUUCGUAGUACACAGACAGAGAUGAUUGGUCGAACGCUGCAAGAUGGCAUCACCAGCCGGACAGCCCAUGGAGAUGCUUCAACAGAUUCCUUUCUGAGCCGAGUCAGCUCGAUUGCGAACGUACGCGAGCAUGAAACAGACCCAGGGAUCACAUCCUCAUCACACAGCGGGACUUUCGAUUGGUCGCCACAGCUAUGCAAUCCACCAGCCAUGACUGACGCCACAUCAGACAUGGACGUUGAUGUUGUCCUGAUGGAAAUCUUCUGGAAGAACAUCCAUCCGAUAUUUCCCCUGCUGCACCGGCCGAGUUUCCUCCAAAGAUAUGAACUGCACUGCGAGCCGCAAAGAGCCGAGGCCCAAAUCGACUAUCAAGAUAACGAUACCUUCCAAGCGAUUCUGAACAUUGUACUUGCCCUCGGCGUCCAAUACGACAAACGACUCCCUUUCAAACAGCGUGUCAAAACAGCAGACGAAUUCUACCAGAGAUCGCUGGGUUAUGUGUCUUCCAACGCCAUCGAUCAUCCUACACGUGCGCAUGUCCAAUUGUUCCUACUCACGGCUGUCUACCUGCAUGCCACCGCACAUGCGAACCGCUGUUGGGACAUGGUUGGUGCUGGGCUUCGCGUGGCGAUAGGGCUGGGUUUGUUCCGAGAAGGCGGCUCGUUUCACGGUAAGGAAUCUCAACUGAAACGGGAAAUGAGGCGCAGAAUCUGGUACUGCUGCGUGGUCUUGGACAAACUUUCUGCGGCGACGUUCGGGCGGCCUACAACCCUACCCAGAUCGUGGGAGACAACGCGGCCCAAAGCAAUUGAUGACGAGUUUCUCCAACAUGCAGGCGAAGGUUCCCAGCCGCCAGGUCUUCCUUCAUAUCUCGAGGGUUUCGUUUACACUAUCGACCUCUUUGAAAUCCUCGACGACGUUCUAGCCGUGACUCACAACCUGCACGACGACGAACCCGGUGGUGAUCACAGGGACCGGGCAAGGAAGCCUGUACUCAGACUGGUUGACACCUUGUCGCUGAACUCCCGGCUUGAAGAUCUGGCGGAGAACAUACCAGAUCGCCUCAAGUUGGCCUACACGAACGAGAGUGUACUACCCCGAUCAAGGGACAUGUUUUCCGUGCAGGCCCAGGUCCUGCAUUGCAGAAUACACUACGUUCGCCUCCUCAUCCUGCGACCAUGGUUACUCGAAGGAAAAUGUUUUACUUCUACAUCGCUUGGCGCAAGCACUCUCCAAGAGAUUCGAAGCCUGUGUAUCGUGUCCGCGCAGCAGACUAUUGACAUCAUCUACGAGGCCGAGACACGUGCUCCGAAAACAUCUAGUUGGCACGCGGUGUACUUUCUCUACGCCGCUGCUAGCAUUCUUCUUGCAGCUGCUCUCCUUCCCAAAGCCAGCGGGGGCAUUGACCUAUCUCACGAACCAUACCAGACGUCCUGGCACAAAGCCUUACAGAUGCUGAGGAACAAUGAAGUGCAGCUGCAAGCGUGCGUAAAAGCUGUGAGCUUGCUCGAGAGCUGCCAGGAGAAGCUCCGAUCUGAAGUCAUCAACAGAGUUUCAGAAGGUAGUUCCUCUUUCCUCUUACCACGAACUUGA